GAUGACAAGUUAUAAGUAACAUCAGUAGUCGGGUUUCUGGUGAAGUCAAGGCCUGACUCUGGCAUUAACCAGUUGCAAUCGUGUUAACAUUAAUUUCUAAAUAUUUUCGCAAACAGUAUUUUGGAAUUAUACAACUAAAAGCACACUAAAUGAUUAUUAAAUAAAAACACAGUUAGUUUAAAUCACGUAUUGAAAGUUUUUUUUUAAUUUACUAUGGAAGUAACUAAAUCUUCACCUGUUGAACCUGGAAAGUGGCGUCAAUUUUUAGCUGCAAUUAUUACUAAUAUUUCAACAUUUUCAUAUGGAAUAAUAUUGGGAUGGACAUCUCCAGUGAUACCAUUAUUACUCAGUCCAAAUAAUCCCGUCAGUAAAGAACCAUUGACUGCUGAAGAAAUAUCCUGGUUAAACAGCAUUUUAUGCAUCACAGGAAUACCACUACUUCCAUUAUGUUCAUUAAUUGCUGAAAGAUUUGGCCGAAAACUAAUUGGAUAUUUUAUAGCCAUUCCAUUUGUAGCUUCGUGGUUAUUAACAAUAUUUGGAUCCUGCUUCCAACAUCUUAUAAUCGCUAGAAUAUUUGCUAGCAUCGGAGGAGCAUUCCUCUUUUUUUUGAUUCCUUUAUAUGUUACUGAAAUAUCAGGAGAUAGUAUCAGGGGAUUACUUGGAACAUUUAUGGUUUUUGGAAUUAAUAUUGGAAUAUUUUUGGCAUACACUCUAGGAGCUGUUUUAUCUUAUCAAUUAUUUGCAAUUUGUGCUCUAAUUUUUCCAAUGAUUUUCUUUGGAUGUUUCAUAUUUUUGCCUGAGACUCCAACAUAUCUAGUCAGAAAAAAUAGGAUAACUGAUGCCGUUAAGUCUUUAAUGUGGCUCAAAAAUGGAGACAAGUCAGCAGUAGAUCAAGAAUUAUUGAGACUUCAGACUCUUGCUAAAGAAAGUUCCAAUCCUAAUACAUCUGUGGGUAUCUGUGAUUUAUUUAGAGACCGAGCAACAAUAAAAGGAUUUAUUAUUGCUAAUGCACUCUUAAGUGGUCAACAAAUGGCUGGUAUCACAGCUAUGUUGACUUACACAACACUGAUUUUCGACAUGGCUGGAUCUUCUCUAUCACCAAACACAGCAACAAUCAUUAUCGGUGGAAUUCAAAUCUUUGGAUCUUGGCUAUCAACAAUAUUCAUGGAAAGAGCUGGUAGAAGAAUAUUAAUUCAAAUUUCCUGUCUUGGAAUGCUUCUCUGUCACUUUGCAAUAGCUACUUUUCUUUUUCUUCAAUCUUGGUCCAUCGAUGUAUCUUCAUUUCGUUGGAUCCCGUUAGUGGCUCUUUCUGUUUAUGUAAUUACUUACAGUGCAGGAAUGGGUCCAGCACCUUUUAUUGUUGCAUCUGAAGUCUUCAGUCCUGACAUUGCAGCUUUUGCAUGUUCGAUUGCCAUGAGUAUCAUGUUUGCAGUAGCUUUUGCGAUAGUAAAAUUUUUCCCUCUAGCUAUUCAAUUCAUGGGAAUGCAUGGUUGUUUUUAUCUUCUCUCAAUGUUUUGCGGAUGUACACUAUUAUUUACUUAUUUCUUUGUUCCUGAGACUAAAGGAAGAAGUAUUGAGUCUAUAAUUGAUGAAUUAAAUGGAUGUUCUGGUCGAUUCAAUGAAAAUGAUUACGUGAAAGCUUCCGUGGAAAUUAACGAAAAAAAUAUCCAUACUUCUUCAGUAUGAUAAUGAUGUAAUAUAAAUUACUAGAUUUAUUUGAAUAUUUAUGAUUACAAA